GAAGCGCACACAUCUUCAGCAAAAGCAGGAUAAGGAGUGUCAAAAGCGCACGAUUUUUCUAUAACUGCCCAUUCGCUUGCGUCAGUAUUCGAUGAGCGACUGAAUAGAAAGGAAAGCACCUCCUAUCUUUGGCAUCAAGGGGUUUAAAUAAGAAAAACAGAGAGAGCGAGCUGCAGUGAAAAGGGGUGGACCUGGCUACAUCAACACAUCACGUAUAUUGUAAAAUGAUAUUGCUAUAGAAGAACUCUAGCGUCAAUGUAUUUACUUGAAUGCGGGCAUAUUUAAAUCCGCAUCAUCACAACGGAUCUGGGAAAGUAAACUUGAGGUCUUAGGAAACAGAUAACAACAGGGAUCCCAACCCCCCCCCCCAACAUGCCGGAGCAGAGUAAUGACUACCGUGUUGUGGUGUUUGGGGCUGGCGGUGUGGGCAAGAGCUCCUUGGUCCUUCGCUUUGUCAAGGGAACCUUCCGGGACACCUACAUCCCCACCGUGGAGGACACCUACCGCCAGGUGAUCAGCUGUGACAAGAGUGUGUGCACCCUCCAGAUCACCGACACCACAGGCAGCCACCAGUUCCCCGCCAUGCAGCGCCUGUCCAUCUCCAAGGGCCACGCCUUCAUCCUGGUCUACUCCGUCACCAGCCGCCAGUCUCUGGAGGAGCUCAAGCCCAUCUACCAGCAGGUGCUGGCCAUCAAGGGCAGCGUGGACGCCAUCCCAGUCAUGCUGGUGGGCAACAAGAGCGAUGAGACCCAGCGUGAAGUGGAGACCAAGGAGGGUGAGGCGCAAGCGACAGCAUGGAAGUGUGCCUUCAUGGAAACCUCAGCCAAGAUGAACUGCAACGUCAAGGAGCUCUUCCAGGAGCUGCUCACACUGGAGAAGAAGAGGAACAUGAGUCUGAGCGUCGACGGCAAGCGCUCCGGCAAGCAGAAGCAUGCCGACAAGCUUAAGGGCAAGUGCAGCAUCAUGUAGGGAGGGAGAGAUGAUGCCUGACCACUAGGAGGAAAGACAGAGGUUGGGGAGGGUAGCGGUGGUGGAAAGGGUGGGCGUUCUUGAAGAGACUCACUUCAAGGAAUGGAGGGAAGGUUGAGGUGGGGGUCGUCUGAGAGGGAUUUUGUUAUCCUGAAAGAGGCAACCCCCCCCCCCCUUACUUUAUACCACUGCCCCAUCUCCACCUUUCCCCCACUCUGCUCAUACCAUUAACCAGGAAUCGCCCCUAGGGCACAGUCACCCCGUCUGUCUCACUGGUUUUGAUUUGGAGGUUUGCCUCUCCAUCAAAAAAUGUAUGCCACUGAAGGCCCGAAUAGAAAAGUUUGGGACACAGGAGUCAAGUUCUAAGAGAAGGUCAAAUAUUGAUGCAUCUCUGCUGUGAUGGGAAAAAGGAAAGAAUAUGGAGCCCUGAGAAUUCAUAUCCUGUUCAGGUUAUAAUGACAAAAAGGAGGAACUCCCGACACAGUGCCCAUUUCAAUAUUAUUCACUCCACGUACACCCUAUUUUCCCUAUAGCUGUCUGUCUCCUGCUAAUAUGAGAUAGCCACUUGACUCUUAUGAUUGUGAAAGGGAAUAGGGUGGAUUUGCGGGAGAUGAGAGUGUAUCAAGUUUAAUGUGAAAGUAAUGGAAACAUGACUUUCGUCAAUUCAAGUCCAUUUCCAUAAGCACAAGUUGGACUUUCACCCUUCAGUUUCUCUGUAUCUACCUGGUAAUUGGAUGGGAGUUGAGAACUAGACAUUGUCAUCAAUAAAGAGCUCUAUUCAAUCUGUAUAGCGGAAGUUCAGCGUUACAGCAUAUUUGAAAUUUAGAGGCAAUGUUCUUGUGUUAGAGGAGACUGCAUUCACGGUAAACGCUGCAUGCAGUGCAUUCGGAAAGUAUUCAGACCCCUUGACUUUUUCCACAUUUUGUUUUACGUUACAGCCUUAUUUUAAAAUGGAUGGAAAAAAAUAUUCAUAAAUCUUCACACAAUGCCCCAUAAUGACAAAGCAAAAACAGAUUUUUAGAAAUGCUUGCAAAUAAAUUACUUUUUUUCUUUCUAAGAACCUGUUUUCACUUUGACCUUAUGGGGCAUUGUGUGUAGAUUGAUGAGGAUUUGUAUUUAUGUAAUCCAUUUUAAAAUAAGGCUGUAAUGUAACAAAAUGUGGAAAAAGGGAAGGGGUCUGAAUACAUUCCGAAUGCACUGUAUGUUGGCUCAAUCGGAAAUGACCUUUACAUUUCUAUCGCUGCAGCGAAACAGAUUGAAUAGAGUUGUUGACGGAAAGUUAUUUGUUCAUUAAACAGUGUUUUCUGACAUUUUUCAGACCCCUUGACUUUUUCCACCUUUUGUUACGUUACUACCGUAUUCAAACAUUUAAAACAGGUUUUUAGAAAUUUUAGCAGUUCUUAAAAAUAAAAAGCUGAAAUAUCACAUUUACAUAACUAUUUGGACCUGAAGCACCUAUGUGAGCAAUUACAGUCUUGAGUCUUCUUGGGUAUGACGCUACAAGCUUGGCACACCUGCAUUUGGGGAGUUUCUCCCAUUCUUUUGUGUAGAUCCUCUCAAGCUCUGUCGCUGCACAGCUAUUUUCAGGUAUCUCCAGAGAUGUUUGAUCGGGUUCAAGUCCGGGCUCUGGCUGGGCCACUGAAGGACAUUCAGAAACUUGUCCAGAAGCCAGUCCUGCAUUUUCUUGGCUGUGUGCUUAGGGUUGUUGUCCUGUUAGAAGGUGAACCUUCACCCCAGUCGGAGGUCCUGAGCGCUCUGGAGCAGGUUUUCAUCAGGGCUCUCUCUGUACUUUGCUCCGUUCAUCUUUCCCUCGGUCUUGACUAGUCUCCCAGUCCCUGCCGCUGAAAAACAUCCCCACAGCAUGAUGCUGCCGCCACCAUGCUUCACUGUAAGGAUGGCGCCAGAUUUCCUCCAGGUGUAACGUUUGGCAUUCAGGCCAAAGAGUUCAAUCUUGGUUUCAGCAGACUAGAGAAUCUUGUUUCUCAUGGUCUGAGAGUAUUUAGGUGCCUUUUGGAAAACUCCAAGCGGGCUGUGCCUUUUACUGAGGAGUGGCUUCCGUCUGGCCACCAUAAAGGCCUGGUUGAUGGAGUGAUGCAGAGAUGAUUGUCCUUCUAGAAGAUUCUCCCAUCUCCACAGAGGAACUCUGGAUCCCCUUCAGAGUGACCAUCGGGUUCUUGGUCACCUCCCUGACCAAGGCCCUUCUUCUUAGAUUUCUCAGUUUGGCCGGGUGGCUCGCUCUAGGAAGAAUCUAGGUGGUUCCAAACUUCUUCCAUUUAAGAAUGAUGGAGGCCACUGUGUUCUUGGGGACCUUCAAUGCUGCAGAAGUGUUUUGGUGUCCUUCCCUAGAUCUGUGCUUCUAAACAAUCCUGUCUCCGAGCACUAUGGACAAUCCCCUCGACCUCAUGGCUUAAUUUCUGCUCUGUCAACUGUGGGACCUUAUAUAGACAGGUGUGUGCCUUUCCAAAUCAUGUCCAAUCAAUUGAAUUUACCACAGGUGGACUCCAAUCAAGUCGUAUAAACAUCUCAAGGAUGAUCAAUGGAAACAGGGUGCACCGGAGCUCAAUUUUGAGUCUCAUAGCAUAGAUUCUGAAUAAUUACGUAAAUAUAUUUUUCAUUUUAAUUACAUUUGCUAAAAUCUCUAAAAACCUGUUUUUGCUCGGUCAUUAUGGGGUAUUGUGUGUAGAUUGAGGAGGAAAAUAUAUAAAUAUCAAUUUUAGAAUAAGGCUGUAACGUAACAAAAUGUGGAAAAAGUUAAAGUCUCUGAAUACUUUCCGAAUGCACUGUAUAUUACAGGUGCAGGUUAGGCCUAUCAGUGGUUGCUAAUUAACGUUAGCAUGUGUAGUAAUACAAAUAUAGGAAAUAUAGCUGCAAGUGGUCUCUGCAUUUUGCUGUACAUUUGAAAUGCCUUUCCUACCAGUUGACUUGACAUUUUGCAUCAUUUCAACAUUUAAGUGAGCUUUAGCCAAACAAAGCACAAACAAACAACAAAAGCAACAAGCAGUCAAAGCAUGUUCGAAAUGUAAAUGUUUUUGAAGAAAUGUAAUGAAUCUCUAUAGCACAAAUAUUUGGACCCUCAUAUCAUUAAAUUAGGUGUCUAUAUCAAUGUUGAUCACAUUAUAUGCCUAUCUUCUGUUAAUAUACUGUAUAAUAUACUGUAAUUAAUAUAUUUUAUGCUCCAAAUGCU